AUGGAUGCCGUCGUGUGUCAUGCAUCUGUGGAAAAUGAAACAAACACGAGAUAUAGCAUAAAGCAAAUAGCCCUAUCGCCGGGUUUGGUAGAGUUGUCUGGCGUGGCUGCUGAAGCCCAAAGGGGAGAUGAAGACGUAGACGAUGAUCACGAUGAUGAAGGGCCUGAUGAUGGCUCUCAACACUCGAUCGCAUCAAUGAUUUACCAGAAUUAUUUGCCAGAUAUGAUUUUCCUAAGCCUAAUCAAACAGGCUGAACAGCCCGUAUCUCUUUACGGUUCAUGCCGAUUCCGAAGCGGAGGGAGCGUAGAACAUAUAAACCGAGGCAUUGUCAUAUCCGUCGGAUAUGACAUCCUCGAUUAAUCAAGCCCAAGAAAUGAAAUUAAUGAUGAGAUUACGUGCGUGAAUAUAUACGUUUUUUUUGUAAGUAAAAGAAAAAUAGUUAAUGGUGAGAUUACGUACAUGAAUAUGUACGUUCUUUUUAUGUUAAAAGAAACCAGUUAACGGUGAGAUUACGUGAAUGGAUAUGUAUGUACAAAUUAAUGGUGAGAUUACGUGCAUGGAUAUCUUUUUGUAAGUUGAAAGAAAAAAGUUCAGUGAGAUUACAUGGAUAUGUAUGUACACUCUUUUUAUAAGUUAUGAAAUGAAAAGUAUUGUGAGAUUGCAUA